AGCACUUUAUGCCCUGGACCGGUGGGGUCCUCCGACGCAGAUCUCUUCCAUCCUCCCCUGCCUCAUUUCUAUCAACUCUCACCUUUGGCAAAGACCCAAGGACGGCCCAGGAACAGCCCAGGGCAACGGAUACGUUCUGUCUUGCUCUUCUCCAGGGGUGGUUUUUUUUCGUGAAUAUGAUGCGUCGGUUCUUAACUUGAGGCCGUUCCUCCUAAGACUUCUUGCUCCUCGAGAAUUGAAGUUCAACUCCCAGUGCCCGCUUCACUGUUCGACCUUCCUUUGUUCCUUUUUUCCUUCAUCUCCUUCCUUGUGAUACCUCAUUCUCGACCGCUUGUCACAAGUGACAGAGUGAGAGACAGAGAGAGACAGACAGAGCCAUGUCGGCAGAAGAGACUUUCUCCGCCGCAUACCUCGCGGAAAACAAGGGCCCGAGCAUCCUCGGCAGCACCAUCGCCGUCUCCAUCGCCAGCACCCUCUUCGCAGGAGCCCGUCUUUUUGUCCGCGGCAAGAUCUUGAGGCAACUACAUCUCGAUGACUACCUUAUUAUUAUUUCUGUGUUAGCAGGAUGGGUAUCAUUAGCAAUGGCCAUAACGGCCGUGGCCAACGGAAACGGCAGACACUUCGACACGCUAUCGCUACAACAGAAGCAGGACGUGAUUCUAUGGACCAUCGUCGGCUUCCCACCCGGAAUCAUCUCCUUUGGCGUGCCCAAGCUCGCCGUCGUCGCUCUCCUUACUCGCAUCAUGAACCCUUCGAGGUGGCACACCAUUUUCCUAUGGGCCUUGACGGGCCUCUGUAACGUCGCUCUGAUGGGCUGCACCGUCAUCCUCUUCGCCCAGUGCCAGCCGUCCAGGUCGCAGUGGAACUUUAGUGUUCCGGGAGUGUGCUGGGACCGGUGGAUUUUGGUCCACUAUGCCAUCUUUGCCGGCGCUUUCUCUGCUUUCGUCGAUCUUUACCUCGCCAUCUACCCUGCUUUGGUCCUGGCCAAGUUGAAGCUCAACGUCAAGAAGAAGAUUGCCCUUACGGUUGCUCUGGGUAUCGGCUCAGUAUCAACUGUCGUCGCCAUUUACAAGUGCACUCGUUUGCCUGCGCUCGCUAGUCCCGACUUUUCAUACGAUACUUCCGACCUCAUCAUCUGGACCAUCGUCGAAGGAAGCACCAUCAUCAUCGCCUCCUGCAUCCCCAUCCUCCAGCCCCUCGUCGACGUCCUCUUCGGCAAGCGCGCCCUCGGCAGCUCAUCCGACCCGCGCUACAAGUACCAGCACUACGGCACCGACCGCUCGGGACCCAGGAACCUCAAGUCCGACAUCGACAUGCCCUCCGUCCACCGCUCCGGCCACCACAUGCACGGCAAGCCGGCGCAGAAUGAGGAGGGCGCCAGCGAGUACGAGCUGACCCGCGGGCCCGCGUCGAAGAGCAGCCAGGAGUCGAUUUUGGAGCGCAACAGGCUACCGAGCGACGGCGCCAUUGUCAGGACGGAUGUGUUUACUGUCAAGGUCUCGCAGGCGAAACCGGGGGAGUCGGACAGGGGCAUGGGCUUUUGAUCCGGUCGUGCGCCCAUGUUGUACUACUACGGGUUGGUGGGUGUGUGUAAAAAAAAUUAAAAUUGAUGCAAGGACUCUCGAUGCGGGCUUUGCAGCGCUAUCAUAGUCACGGCGUUUACCGGCGAGAAGGGACGGUUUUCUGUCCCCGUUUGGUUGAUCACUUCAACGUCAAGGGGCUGCACUUCUUAGGUUGCAAGUUAGAUAUACUGCGGUUAGCCAUUUUGAGGUAGAUUUAUUUCACUGAGAUUAUCACACUGGAG